ACUACCAUUUGUUACACUUUUCAUAACCUCAAUCGUGUGUUUACUUGCAUUUGUAAUUUAAAUAAUUGUAGCUUGUUAAAUGGCGAUAAGGACAUUUGGUGAUAAGCCCAUAAGCUUCCAACUUGAAGAGAAUGGCGAAUUUUAUUGCGUGGGCUCCGAGGUGGGCAACUAUCUGCGAUUGUUCCGGGGCUCACUCUACAAGCGUUACCCCGGCAUGUACCGGAGGACAAUUACCAACGAAGAACGCAAGAAACUGAUCGAUAUCGGGCUGAGUCAACACGUACUGGCCAGUAGCGUUUCUUUGCUGAGGUCCUCCGAGGUCGAGGACAUCAUCGACGGGAACGACGAGAAGUACAAGGCGGUGUCGGUGCACACCUCGGACCCGCCUCUUCCGCGCGAAGGCAAAGCGAAAAAGUCGAUACAGUGGGUGCCCUCGUUGCCCAACUCCAGUCACCUGGACGCCGUACCCCAGGCGACGCCCAUAAAUCGCAAUCGGGUCUCGAAUAAGAAGGUACGGACCUUCCCGUUCUGUUUCGAUGAUACCGAUCCGCAAGCAAACGUGGAGAACUCGGUUAAAGGUGAACUGCUUGUGCCGAUACGUUUGGAUAUGGAAAUCGAAGGGCAGAAGUUGCGGGACACGUUCACUUGGAACAAGAAUGAAAGCAUGAUCGCACCCGAGCAAUUCGCCGAGGUGCUCUGCGACGAUUUGGAUUUGAACCCUUUGACAUUCGUACCCGCGAUCGCGCAGUCCAUCCGCCAGCAGUUGGAGGCGUUUCCCGCCGAGUCGACGGGAAUUAUGGAGGAAUCGUGCGACCAGCGUGUCAUUAUCAAAUUGAAUAUACACGUGGGGAACACCUCGCUCGUCGAUCAGGUCGAAUGGGACAUGUCGGAGAGGGACAACAAUCCGGAACAGUUCGCGUUGAAACUUUGCUCCGAGCUGGGAUUGGGCGGCGAGUUCGUGACCGCCAUCGCCUAUUCCGUACGCGGUCAGUUAUCGUGGCACCAGCGCACCUAUGCGUUUAGCGAGGCGCCGCUUUCGACCAUUGAGGUACCGUUUCGGGCCGCGAGCGAGUCGGACCAAUGGGCUCCAUUCUUGGAGACGCUAACGGACGCCGAAAUGGAGAAGAAAAUCCGGGAUCAAGACAGGAACACGCGUAGAAUUCGUCGUCUUGCCAAUACUACGCCUGGAUGGUAAAUGCAUUGGUGUAAUUAUGUGGUAGAUAGGCUGCAUGUAAGGAAUUGUACUUAAGAACGAUCGUUGCUUGUUGCAUUUUUGAGAGUAGUGUAAUUACGUAAAAUUGAUUGAUCGAGUAGGUACAUAACGUUUGAGGUUUGUUUCAGGAAAGCUGUCCAUUGUACAUAACCAAAGGUCUAACCAUCAUUGUAGACAAAUUACUAAUUAAUUCCGCUACUAUACUGUAGCCAUGCUUUAGUACAAAUCAUGCAUUCACUUUCAUUUUUUUAUAUUUGAUUCAUACUGUAAGUGCUAGUUUCAUGCGAUGUUCAACCUAUGAGUGUAUUCAAGUAUUGUAAUCCAAUAAAGUUAGUAUUAUCAGGA